AUGAUGGACUUGCGCCCAGGCCUUCGCCUGACUGCAUCAACGCGCGGACCUCGCCUUUGCCACAACCAAGAUGGCUCCACCGCCCACAGUCCCUCCCGCGCUCGGUCCCCGCCCGACUCCACCGCCUCCCCAACUCCGCCAACCGGCCCCGCCCGCGCCACGGCGCCAAGAUGGCGGCCAGACACUCGGCCGGAGCGCCCCCCCAACGGCGGAUUACUUAAAAUGGCGGACGUGUUCCUCAUGAUCCGGCGCCACAAGACCACCAUCUUCACGGACGCCAAGGAGUCGAGCACCGUGUUCGAGCUGAAGCGCAUCGUCGAGGGUAUCCUCAAGCGGCCGCCGGAUGAGCAGCGUCUGUACAAGGACGACCAGCUUCUGGACGACGGCAAGACGUUGGGCGAGUGUGGCUUCACCAGUCAGACAGCACGGCCUCAGGCCCCCGCUACUGUGGGGCUAGCCUUCAGGGCAGAUGAGGCAUUCGAGGCCCUGCGCAUUGAGCCCUUCUCCAGCCCACCUGAGCUGCCGGAUGUGAUGAAGCCACAGGACUCAGGAAGCAGCGCCAACGAACAGGCUGUGCAGUGA